CCUCACCCGGGGUCUGGGGCGGGUUCAGAUUUUACCCGUUUCUUUUACUUUUCCCAAAUCGCUUUCUUCACCCUCACAUCAAUAAUCACCGAAUUGGGGUUCCAUUUAGCAAAUUAACCCUCUCAGAGUCUGCAACUUAAAGCUCACAUCAAGCAUAUACUAAUGUUAUUAUCAAGAAACAUAUAUCUGAAGUGAAGCAUUGAGUUCUAAGCACUAGAAUUACUUGGGAUUUGAGAAAGUUUGGAUUUUGAUUGAGAAAUGUUUGGGAAUAGUUUGGUGCAUGUUUCAUCAACAUGCCCUGCUGUAAUCUCUUCGAAUUUGGCUUCACGAAAUGGGGUUGUGAGCUUGUUGCCUAAUCUGAAUUUGAAACUCCGAAAGAGGUUCUCGGUUAUAAGAGCUGUAUCUGAUGAUGCAGAUGUUACCCAACAGCCAUCUUCUGGUUCUGAGCCGAAAAACCCGCUUUCUGUUGUUCUUGAUAUUCCUAAGACUAUUUGGCGACAGACUUUGAAGCCUUUAAGUGAUUUUGGGUUUGGGAGGAGGAGCAUUUGGGAAGGUGGGGUUGGGUUAUUUCUUGUGUCGAACUUGGUUCUCUUUGUGCUUAGUCUGGCAUGGUUGAGAGGGUUUCAGUUACGGUCGAAGUUUAGGAAGUAUUCGGCUGUUUUUGAGUUUUCUCAGGCUUGUGGUAUUUGUAAUGGUACGCCUGUUAGAAUCAGAGGGGUUACUGUUGGGAAUGUUAUUCAGGUUAAUCCGUCACUGAAAAGCAUUGAAGCAGUCGUGGAGGUUGAAGAUGAAAAGGUAAUUAUACCUCGUAAUUCACUCAUUGAAGUGAAUCAGUCCGGUCUUCUCAUGGAAACAAUGAUUGAUAUAACACCUCGCAACCCUAUCCCGACUCCGGCAGUAGGUCCUCUUCAUGCAGAAUGUGAAAAAGAAGGCUUAAUUGUAUGUGACAGGCAAAAAAUAAAAGGAAUUCAAGGAGUAAGUCUGGAUGCAUUAGUUGGAAUAUUUACCCGCCUUGGACGUGAUGUAGAGGAAAUUGGUGUUGCCAAUACCUAUGAAUUAGCUGUAAGAGCUGCAGCAAUUAUUGAAGAAGCAAGACCACUCCUUACACAGAUUAAAGCCAUGGCUGAAGAUGUUCAACCGUUGCUGUCUGAGAUCCGAGAAAGUGGUUUGCUAACAGAAGUUGAGAGAUUAACCAAAAGCCUGACACAAGCAACAGAGGACUUGAGAAGUGUGCAUUCAUCCAUUAUGACUCCAGAGACUUCUGAGCUGAUCCAGAAAUCUAUAUACACUCUUAUUUUCACUCUGAAAAAUAUUGAGAGUAUAAGUUCGGAUAUCGUGGGAUUUACCGGUGAUGAAGCUACAAGACGAAAUUUGAAGGUUCUUAUUAAGUCUCUCAGCAGGCUACUGUGAUGCCAAAGCUGGUUUGACCAUCGCCAGUGUACUGGCUGAUAGAAGAGGGUAGAUUGUUGGCAGGUACUUUUUUUCUGUGCGGUGAGUCUGUCUUGAGUGGAUAGCUUGAUGAGGAUUCUGAAACUGAAGCCUGGUGAGGACAGGGUUACCCUUUUUUUAAUUUUUUCUUUUUCUGUUGUUGGAUGUAUCUAUUUAGACCAAAGUCCGGACUGAAGUUGCUAACGACUUCAAGUCCAUUUCUCUGUUUUUCUCAUGUCAGAAAAAAGUAUACAACUUGUAGAUUACUUUCAAAGUUUUACCAGACCAAGAAACAAGACCUUCCGUAAGCUUUUGCGUAAAGAGAACAUUGAAUUGAGAGACAAAUCAUCUUUCUUAGAGCAAUAUUAUUAUCUCAGCCAUUUUCAGAUUGUCA